GCGCCAAUAGGUAGCGACGGGACAGCAAUGGCGCCGAGCAAGUCGAACUAUGGUCACGCGAUAUUAUGGUAUACUGAGUGUGUCUAACACAAUUUCUAGAAUGAACAAGGGCAUCAGAACCUGUUCAGUUCUAGACCAAGCUCAGGAAGAUGAAAAAGGUUGCAAUCAUUGUUAUCGUUGUCAUCGUGGUCAUCAUCGUUGUGGUCACUGACCAGGUACACACAACAGAAACUGAAAUACAAGUUCUCAACUCAGCAGAGAAAUGGAUUUAUACAGGAGACAUGUUGACUGUCCAAUGUGUAUUUACAAAACCUCCAAACAAUCAGACAGCCGUAAGAAUUGAAUCCCAAUUCCAAUUUAACCUGCGUGAUAAUUCAAGUCUUAACAGAGAAAGUAUUGAAAGACGAAUGACCGUACAGUGGAACACCUCAGAGACAAUAAUGAUGACCUUGACCAAUGUCACAAUCCGUGACGUCGGCCAUUACUGGUGUGGGAGUUAUGACAUCAACAAUAUUGUUGAUGUCUGGGUGUAUGAUCCCCUGCAGCGACCUGAAAAUGUCAAAUGUGUGUUCCAUGCCAAGAAGACAGUCAACUGUACUUAUGAUGUGCCUAACAACACGGAACACAACUUCUACACAUGCUACGUUGGAGCCUGCUAUCAGAAUAACUGGAAUCCAAAUAACACAACAUGCACAGAUCCAGGCAGGAGACAGAAGUUACAAAACACAACCAUUCCCCGUCAGUGUAAUUUUGAUUGCCACCCACCUGGUGCUGUUGAUCAAUGCCUGGAGGAUGCCUUCAUUAUCAUCAUCAGCGGCCGACAGCCCAACAAAGAGGUGUCCUACUGCAGUAGUUUCAACCUCAAACAGAUCGAGAAACCAGGUCCUGUAGGAAAUUUAGGAGAAGUCAAAAUUGGCCUAAGUUUCAUCAAACUCACCUGGACUAAACCCGAUCCUGAUGACAAAGAUGGCUACAACUAUACACUCAGGAUCACCGGAGGUCCAAAAGGCUCUCGGGAGCUACACAUACACAAGAAAAGAUAUCAUGUGAAGAAAAGAAUCAAGGGACUUUCAGCAUGGACGAGUUACAACAUUACAGUAACAGCGGACAGAGCCUACCGCGGAGACCCCACCACCAUCAAUGUCCGGACAGAGGAAGAUGUUCCUCUGUCCAGUCCAGUGAUACCCAGUGGGUCCUUCAGUGUCAUAAACUCCACAACACUCAUGUUGUACCCCAAGUCUGUACCGAAGGAAGAGCAACAAGGGGAGAUAAUCCGAUAUGAGACUAUGACCAACAACUACACUUCGUUCUACUCGCUGCUUGUAGAAAGGGAAAAUGGUGGUGGAUGUAGUGUUUCAUUGCGUGCAGCCACCAAAAAAGGACUGUCAGGCCACCGAACCAACUUUACUGUGUCCAGACAAGAUCUGGAGACUCAGUCUAUUGACUACGUGUAUCAGGAGGACGGCGUCUUGAAGUGGAAAGUAUUGAGAGCAGAAAAAUACUUCCGAGUUUAUUACUGCCAUGGGAAAAUGAAGAAGAACAUGAACGUUGCCAGAUGCCAGGAUGAAAUUCAGCAUCAGGAUGUUGCCAGCAGGAUGCAGAUAAAGGAGGAGGACCUGGACUGUGACCCAGAUUGUCUGUAUGCUGUGUCAGGACGUGGACACAGCAGGGCGGGGAUGGUGUGGUCUUCAGAUAAACGAACAGUUGUUGUGAAAGUAGAUGGCCCUGGAACAGGAAUCAUUGUAACGGGAGUUGUCGUCUUAGUGGUUCUUAUAGUUGCCGUUGCCAUUGCUUUAGGAGGAUGUUGCUAUUUCAUGAAGAAAAAGGGAAUGUGCAGUAACUACGUAAUUCAUCUACCCGAAUUCAAGCAUCACCUCCUCGACAACAAGUUUGACACAAAAGAAGAUGUGACAACUCCCAAGCACAAGCCUCUCAGAGAUAGUGGCAAUGCCAGCAUGGGCACCGAUGCCAGUCUGGCAGCAGUCAUGGAUAAAGGAGCUGUGAGGGAGAGGGAGAUGUCGGGAGUCAGUCACCCAUCUGAUCCAACAAUCAAGUGUGAUGCAGACCACCCAGAAAUACACGAAGAGUCAUCCGAAGCAAGGAAGGAGUCUUCACGUAAUCCAGGAAAAGCAUCUGCAUCAGGAGGUUUACAUCCAUCUGCAGGAGGUUUACAUCCAUCUGCAGGAGGAGCACAUCCAUCUGCAGGAGGUUUACAUCCAUCUGCAGGAGGAGCACAUCCAUCUGUAGGAGGUUUACAUCCAUCUACAGGAGGAGCACAUCCAUCUACAGAAGGUUCACAACAAAUUCCAGGCACUUCAGCUGAAGACGUCACAGAGGAGAGCCUGUGGGACAACUCUGGCCAGAGUUGUGUGUCGGAGUACAGGCAGUUUGCCGCAAUAGGGGAUGGAUCUGUGCAGGACUCAAGUAAAGAGGAACAUGAUGACUUGAUUUGGAAGUAUUGUGAUGAACAGACCAUCGACCACUGUCUUCCCUUAUCGGGAUCAGUAAGUUUCGUUGCCAGUUCCUGCUCACAGUCUGGGCCCUCUGCUUCUUCUUAUUCAGCAGUUUUGAUACCCCUGGACUCCAGUUGCAAGGAGUCACGUCACGAUUCUAGUAGCCAGGAGUCCAGUAGCCAGGAGUCACGUCACGAUUCUAGUAGCCAGGAGUCCAGUAGCAAGGAGUCACAUCACGAUUCUAGUAGCCAGGAGUCCAGUAGGCCUCUGAUAUGUAUUACCCAGCCAAAGAGCAGGCAUUUUACAAAAAAGUCUUUGCAGUAUUCUUAAAGGUCAUUCUGAAGUGAUCUGAGACUUCCAAACAAAAGAGGCAAUAUUUCUUUAUUUGUGUCAAAGAACACUGCUUAAAAGGAGUAUUUCAUGUAGUGCAAUUUGUAGAUAGAUAUGUACCCAGCAUGCACAUCACUAUGACAUGAGGGUGAAGCUACACCCACACCACUGCCUGGGGACUUUGGGGAUUGACUGUCUGUAGGAUGACUGUCUGUAGGGUGACUGUCUGUAGGAUGACUGUGGGAUGACUGUCUGUAGGAUGACUGUAGGGUGACCGUCAUAGGUCCAUUAGCAACACCCGAAAUCUCUCCCAUCACGCUUAUCAUGUCGGCCAUUUUGACGUCUUGUACUUGAUGUAAAUGUAUUACGACGUGCUGUCAUGGCAUUGAGGUAGUUCUUAACAGAUCUUUCUCAUCUAAUGCUGAUAUUAUUUGAAUAAAUGUGUUGCGUAAGUUGUUUUAUAUGCUCAUGUCACCUCUGUAUUUGAGAAACUAUUUCACUUCGCGAUAUAACUGGUUGUUGUAUGCCAGUCAGUGUUCACAUGAAGUCACGGUAUUAAAUAAAAUUGUGUAUAGAUCUUGGCCUACAUCCUUUGAGGUAA